AUGGCCUUCUUCCCACACUACACCACUAAUUUGUCGCCUCUGUUCUACUUGUUGGACGACGACGACUAUGAUGUCCACCGCUCGACUUACCCAAAGCACAACUACAACCACAAGCAACACCACAACCGCCGUCAGCUUUCCCCAGUUCGUUACUUCAGCCCGAACUUCGAUGUGCGAGAGGUGAACGAUGCCUACUACCUUGACGGAGAGCUCCCUGGUGUCGACCAGAACAAUGUCGACAUUGAAUUCUCUGACCCUCAGACACUCGUGAUCAAGGGUCGAGUAGAGCGGAAUUACAACAAUCUCAACAGCAUGGAUGAGGAAAACCAGCAAAAGGAAGAACAAUCCUCUGAAACUAUCUCUAACAAGUCUUAUCAAGCCACUGUCGAAAACGAAGACGAGGACGAGGCGAACUACUCGUCACCCGUGGCGACACCAACCUACUCUGAGAAGUUUGUUGCUGAGGAAACUCAGAAGCCAGCGUACAAAUACCGGAAUUCCGAGCGUGCUGUUGGCGAAUUCCGCCGAGUCUUCAAUCUCCCUACAAGAGUCGAUCAAGAUGCGGUCAGGGCUAUAUUGAGGAAUGGAAUCCUCUCUCUGGUGCUCCCGAAGGAGCCGGCACCGAAGAUGAAGAAGAUUCGGAUCGAAUAA